GGCACCUCGGCCAAACCCAUGACAGUUUAUGGUGGGGGAGUUGGAAAGGAAGAAGUAGGACCCUGCUACUUCCGGAAAGUUCUCAGCUGGGCCUACAGAGCGUGAGUGUGAGGUUUGCCUCCCUGAAUCAUUUUGAACUCUCAGAGCAAACUUCUCAGUAGGCUCGAUGAGAUGCACGACGGGCACUAGAGAGCCUGCUGGAGCCACCAUGAUUCCUGAACCCUCACACACGCCAGGAAACGCCAGCACCGCGACCAGCCCCGUGCCAGUGACCAGGCUUCCCAGCAUGAACACCUCGAGCUGUAACGCGUCCUUCGAGGACACCAGAGUGUUCCUGGUGAGCGUGUACAGUGCAGUGUUCGCCAUGGGGCUGCCGGCCAACUGCGUGACGGCCGGGCUCACGCUGCUGCAGGUGCUACAGGGCAACGUGCUGGCCGUCUACCUGUUCGGCCUGGCACUGUGCGAGCUGCUGUACAUCAGCACGCUGCCGCUCUGGGCCGUCUACAUCCAGAACCAGCACCGCUGGACCCUGGGUGUCUGGGCCUGCAGGGUGACCGGCUACAUCUUCUUCUGCAACCUGUAUGUGAGCAUUCUCUUCCUGUGCUGCAUCUCCUGCGACCGCUUCCUGGCGGUGGUGUACGCGCUGGAGAGCCGCGGCCGCCGCCAGCAGCGCACUGCCGUCCUCGUGUCCGUGUCCGUCUUUGUGCUGGUCGGGCUCGCCCACAGCCCGGUGUUCAGAAUGGGAGAGGAGCCGACAUGCUUCGAGGCGUCGAUGGACACCGAGGUCGUGGCGUACUACUACCUGCGCUUCGCCCUGGGCUUCGCCGUCCCGCUCGCCGUCAUCGCCUUCACCAACAGGUGCAUCUUCAGGAGCAUCAAGCAGAGCGCGGGCCUGAGCGACGCCCAGAAGACGAAGGUGAAGCGCUCGGCCAUCGCGGUCGUGACCAUCUUCCUGGUCUGCUUCGCCCCGUACCACCUGGUGCUCCUCACCAAAGCCGUGGCCUAUUCCUACUACAGGGGACAGCUGGACGUCACGCACAACUUCGAAGUCAAGCUCUGCCAGCUCUCCGCGGUGUUCCUGUGCCUGUCCACGGUGAACAGCGUGGCCGACCCCAUCAUCUACGUGCUGGCCACGGACUGUUCACGGCAAGAAGUGUCCAGAAUCCACAGGGGGUGGAAAAAGUGCUCCGCGAACACCGACGUCCCCAAGCACACAUGUUCGAAGGGCUCAGAGGAGCUGUCGCUGCCCACGUUGCCCGCAAAUGACUACACGUGUCCCGGGGCCGUCCACCCCCUGGAGUCUGGGCCGACCACAUGGAGCUCAUCACUGGACACCUUGGAGAGGCUGGAUGAAGAGUCCCACUGAGCCCGGUGUCCUGCAGGGCAGGGCGGCCGGCAUGGGAGCCAGGGGGCCUGGGGUGUGGUUUCCCCACCCACUGAACUUGCCGACCAGGGUCCACGGUGCUGGCUGUGAAGUCCCCUCUGGAAAACAUGCCACCACUUUCUCGCUCCUGGAACCAUGCCCUCCAUAAGCCCUGACCCUUGGAUCCUGGCACCCCUAGGCUGUCCCACUGAGCCCCACACAGAAGGUGGCCGCAUGCGGGUACUCUGGCGGCACAUGGCAGGCAGGAUGGCCUCUUCCUCAGCUCUCAAGCUCGCUGGCUCACCCUGCUAUUAGCAAACAGCAGGGCCGUUGGCAGAGGCCUCAGGCCUGCCCGGUGCUGCCAGCAGCUGGCCGUGCCACGCCCUGGGUAUGGCACUGUGAUACCCUCAUUUUCCAUGCCCUUCUGCAAGCACCGCUUGGAUGACUGUGAUUGUACAACAUGGGACCU